AUGGAGAUUGACUCACAAAUGACAAGAAAAGAAAUAUCUGAACGCGUCUUCAGAAUUUUGAAAGAUAUCAGCAUUAGUCCAAAUAAAUAUAUAUACGACCUGUCCUGUGCUAACGAUUCAAGGAAAGUUAACGUUGCCGUAGAGACUGAGAUUAACUUUGACUACCAGUAUCUGUCUGACCUAGAUUCAUUAGAUAUUAAGCUCUUUGCCUAUAUUGAAUCUUAUUUAUGUACAUUCCAGAUUUACAGGCCUGAAGAAGUCGUAUUCAGUCUUGAUAGAACAAUAAAAAACACAAAUAAUUCAGAUCUUUCUAUUAAGUUUGCACAAGAAUGCCCAUUUUUCCCAAAUCAUCUCACAAAUGGAUACAUACCACAUGGAAUAGCAAAAUCUAAAUCAGGACGUUUGCUGAUCUCUCUUUGGAAUAACAAAUCGCGUGAAAAAUCUCAAGGAAAAGUUUGGAAAUUAAAUUUAGGAAGACAAAACUUUUGUGAAUACGAAUACGAUAAAAGUACUCCAUUAUUCAAAUGUCCGACGUACAUCACAGAAAAUGGUAACGGAGAAAUAUGUGUAUCGGAUGAAGGAGCUGUGGUAGUGCUGAAUGAAGUAGGAAUGCUCAGAUUCCGAUACAAAGGUCUCACCGAGGACCCGACCUUUGAUCCGUACGGAAUUUGCACGGAUUCUUCCCGAAAUAUUAUCGUUGCUGAUAUGAAGAACGAUAAAAUACACAUGAUUGACGGAGAUGGGGGAUUUGUUUGUUAUAUACAGUAUGAGAAUAUGGAGAUGCCUCGGGCUUUGUGUGUUGGUAAGGAUAACACGCUCUAUGUUAGAGAAUGGAAAUCUGGUUCGAUCAAAGUCGUAUCUCUUGCAUAAACAAAAGGUUUUUAUAGCAUAGCAAUUUAUCUAU